AUGCUGUCCCUAUACCGCGCGUGGCUCGGGCCUAGUCCGUGUGUGGCACGUCCCGUACCCCCGCCCGGGGCGCAUCGGCCUGUCCCCAGACGGGCCAAAGCUCCUUCGCCACCAGCAUCUCCGCCGCCCCCAUCACCGUCAUCCACCACGUCCAGCGAAUUGGACGUGGAGCGUGUAGAGGCCCCAGAGCCACCUAAGCGACAAACGGCCGUGCUUGAUGUGGCCUCGUGCGAUGGACCCGUACGCUUCACCCGUGUGCUAAAUGGGGCCUGGCGAGAAGCGAGCCCUGAACGUGAGUGGGGCCGGCCCCGGAAACAGCGUUCCGUGCUUCACUACUAUCCGUGCAAGACUUGUGGCUGCAAGUUCCCUUCCUACUACUUCGUUCACAAGCACCGCAAGAGGUGUCACGCGGAGGAAGCAGACCGGGACUCGCCCGAGCCCUGCACUUCCACGGCCUGA